CCGAACCCAAGCUCACAUUACUACAUAUAGAAAACUAUCAAACAUUAUUCAUUAGAAACGGCAGCAAGAUUUUUUACUUUUCUUUUUAGUUUAGUCCCUAAAUACACCAUACAAUUCAAGUGAGCUUGACCAAGAUUUCGGGUAGCAGGUCUAGCGGAUUGUUGUUUCAUGCUGACGUUUCCCCUCUGAUUUACUGCUUUCAUGCUGAACACCAAGUCUGUGAAGAAGGAUACAAGAAGGACUAUUACAAGGUUUCCAUUGAUCUAGGGACAAUCAAAAGUUAAUAAAAUGUCGUCCGAUACAAGUCCAUUGAAAAACUUUCUCGCCGGAGGCUUCGGGGGCGUGUGUCUCGUCGCGGCUGGACACCCGUUGGAUACCAUGAAGGUACGCCUUCAAACACAACCCACUGGUCCAGGGGUCACUCCGCUCUACAAAGGAACACUUGACUGUGCAGCAAAAAUUGUCAAACUUGAGGGCUUCAAAGGAUUUUACAAGGGGAUGUUUGCCCCAAUCCUUGGAGUCACUCCAAUGUAUGCAGUCUGUUUCUUAGGUUACAGUAUAGGAAAAAGCCUCCAGACACCUAAGCAUCCAAAUGGACAAUUUGCUCCUGAGCAACUCUUUAUGGCUGGUAUGUUAUCGGGAGUAUUCACAACGGCCAUUAUGGCCCCCGGUGAACGCAUAAAAUGUUUAUUACAGAUUCAAGCAGCCUCUGCUGGUAAACCCAAAUAUGCUGGUCCCCUUGACUGUGCCAAGCAGAUCUACAGAGAAGCUGGGCUCUUCAGAGGUCUCUACAAAGGCACCAUGGCCACCCUGAUGCGAGACGUUCCUGCUUCGGGUACAUAUUUCAUGACGUAUGAACUCCUCAAGACAGCUAUGACGCCUGAAGGUCAAAAACCAAGUGAUCUGAGUGUCUUACGUGUGUUAUUUGCUGGCGGUAUGGCAGGUGUCUUUAACUGGAUGGUUGCUAUUGCCCCUGACACCCUCAAGUCAAGAUUACAAACAGCUCCCGAAGGCACUUACCCCAAAGGUGUGAGAAGUGUGUUUGCUGACCUGAUGAAGAAGGAAGGUCCAGGUGCCCUCUUCAAAGGUGUUACGCCAGUCAUGCUUAGAGCUUUCCCAGCCAAUGCAGCAUGCUUCUGUGGAUUUGAGCUUGCCAUGAAGUUUCUGACGUGGUCAGGAUUGUAGCACCUUCACGUCCCAUCAACGGACCCUUCGAUAUCGUACAAAUGUUUUCCAGAUUUCUAUAGAACCAACGUUUGAUACCUGAAUUCCAGAGUGUAUCUUAAUAUCUAUGUUGUGGAUGGUGGUGGAGUGUGGUGUUCUAAUCAACUAGUUUGUAUUGAGUAUGUGUGUGAUGAAAUUCAGAGAAGGUAUAUUUUUAAUGCAAUGGGCCAGAGCUACAGCAUCUUGACAUGCUUAAGAUGAUCUCAAGUUGCAUUGAAAUUGUCACCACUACAUCUUAUUUUUUUGUUUUUGUUUACUUUGCAACUACAACACCUAUAAGGUGCUGAUUAAUAUAUCAAUGUUAUUUUAUUUAAUGAUUUUAUUCAAAUUCUACUGAAGAGAAAAUCUCAGAAAUUUAAAAAAAAAAUGUAAUGAAGAAUUCAAUUCAUUUCAAAUAUAUGGUUAAUAUUGUCAUCAAUCAUCAACCAUUGUGGCCCGAAUUCACAAAGGAGGUUUGUCGACAAACCUAGGUUUAUGUGUGUCAUACACUGUAUGACGCGUUUUGACGCACAUAAAGCUAGGUUUGUUGACAAACCUCUUUUGUGAAUUCGGGCCAUUGAGUGUAAGGUAAUUGUUAAAGAUGGGAAUUACUGUGCAAUUAUAUCUCAUCUUUCUCUGUAGUUUUCAGAUCUCCUUGAAAUUCCUGUAUUCACAGUGAAUGUCAGUCCCCACAUUGUCAUGUGUACUGUAGUCAUAUAUAUUGAAUAGCAUAAGAUCUUGAAUUAGGAACCCAUGGAGACGUCUUUCGUUAUUUCAUGAUUCACUCUUGGACCAUUUUCUGUACAUUAAUGUACAUGUACCUUCAUCAUCCAUAUAUGUAAUGUUGAUGUUGUUUUCCGAUAUCAUCAUCAUCAUGUAAGUAUUUGUGUAGCAAGCACAGAAGUUGGGUCGGUAAUACUAUCUCUUUACAUAUAAUAUGUUCAAGUGUAUAUUUUAUAUACGGGAAGUCACAAAGCGUGACGUUAUUGCCAUUUUGGAUGCAGUGCGAAUGUAUGAAUGAUGAGGAAACACACAGGUUUUGAAAUUUGCACAACCAGCAAAAGCUGAUUCCCCCUCCUGAAAUCUCAUCAGCUUCACCCAUUUUUGAAGCACAAGAUUCUGUUUGAUUCAUUUUAUUGAAUAUUCACGCAAUUCAUGGGAUUUCUUGCCAGUUUGUUUGUGAAGGAGUGUAUAUGUACUUUGUUUCUUCUAACCAUUGGUUAUUCAAUUUUGGUGACAGUGGUAAGUACCUGUGUAUUCCAAUACUAAUUGAAAUAUCAAUAUGGGUAAUCAUUCAUACCAACAGUGCCUCUUUUUACGAAAGUUAAGAAGUUGCAAGAAUUGAAAAUGUUUAAAAACCAAGAGCAAUUCAUCACAGACAUUUUUUUCCAAGGACCAUCAUAUACUUGGACACCUAAAUUCUCUAAGAGUAAAGUUUUUUUUAGGUAUUUAGAUGUACAUGUAUUUCUAUUGAGAUUGAUGCCUCAUUGUUCAUUAGUGUAUUUGUUUUAUAUGUUAUUAUCAAUGGUUGUACAUGUUUUCUUAUGUUAUUUAUAAUUCAUGGGAUAAUCAUAAAUAGAUGCAAAUCUGAAAACAGAAGCAUUGUAAUGAUUGGAAUAUGUGGUAUAUCAUACUAUCAUAAUCAUAUAUCAACAUAAAAUAUUGGUUUAAUCAUAGAUUCCAUAAAAAUAUGACAAACUUCCUUUCACUUAUGAAUGAAUCAUUAUCUAAAACUUGCAAUUUGAAAAGUUAAGUUGUAAUGAUGAGAGAAUACAGAGUGUAUACAUGUGUUUUAUUUUAUUGUUUUAUUUCAUCCGUUUAUGUCCCAUGUUCUAUCAAGAGUUUUACUCUAAUGAAGUGUAUUCACUGUAAGCAUCUAGUCCAACCAAUGAUAAUUGUUUAACAUCUGAAUUAUAUGAAAUUAAAAACUGGAUUACAGUUUACAGUCCUA